CUUCAGUACUGCGUAAGCGAUCGUGCCGGCUAGUAUGUGUUGUGCCGUGUAUUCGAAUCGAGAGAACAAGAUGAAAGACAAGGGAAGCGGCAUAACGAUGAGGUUGACCUUCAGCAUCCGUCUGAUGGCGGCAAUGCUAUUGGUAAUUGGUCAUGCUGAGUCAGCAAAAAUUGUGUGUGUCUUUCCGACUGCGAGUAAGUCCCAUGUACUGGGAGCACAGGCCCUGCUGAAGGAGCUGGCUCACCGUGGACAUGAGGUCACUAUGGUUAGUACGUUUCCAUUGAAGCAGCCACCGAAGAACUACCGUGAUGUGUACGUGCCGAUUGAGGACGCAUUUUCGUCCAUUAUGAACGACUUCAUGCAGGGAGGGAGUCGGAAUAUGCUGAAGAUGCUUCCGAAGAUCUUGCGAGCGGCUCAGGAAUCCUCCAAUGUUACGAUUAAUGCACCGGAGUUUCUUCGCCUUGCCCGUGAGGAGCAGUUCGAUUUAGCAAUCGUAGGGUUUUUCAUGAACAGCUUUAUAAUUGGUGUCGGUGAGCUAUUUCGUUGCCCAACGGUGCUAUACUUCUCUGCUUCUGGUUCGGGUCUGGUCAAUGUUGUAGGCAACCCAGCCGAGGUUGCCGCAGUACCACACUUACUGCUGGGCCAACGAAAUCCAAUGACAUUUUACGACCGAGUCGCAAACACUCUACUGCACGGAGUGGAAAAGAUCAUGAUGAUGUACAUGCGGCACAAGGAAUUGCCCUACUACGAAUCAAACUUCCCGGCUGAAAAGGGCUUUCGAAGCUACGAUGAUGCUAUGAGGAAUGUGUCACUCGUGCUCCUCAACACUCACUUCACACAAACCGUGCCAAGACCGUACCUUCCCAAUAUGGUCGAAGUGGGAGGCAUUCAGAUAAACGUCAAGCCCGAACCAAUGGCCCAGGAUCUGCAGCAAUUCCUCGACGGGGCCGACCGUGAUGGAGCAAUCUUUUUAAGCUUCGGAUCGAAUCUGAAGAGUUCGACCAUGCGGCAGGACAAGCUGGAUGCUAUCCUGGCGAUGAUUCGUGGACUAAAGCAACGUGUCAUCUGGAAGUGGGACCAGGACAAAAUGCCCAACAAACCGUCAAACGUGUUCAUCGGCAAGUGGUUGCCACAGGAUGCGAUUCUAGCUCAUCCCAAUCUAAAGCUGUUCAUAACGCACGGAGGUUUGGGCAGCAUCACCGAAUCGAUGUACCACGGUGUGCCGAUCGUCGGUAUUCCGAUGUUUGGUGAUCAGGACAGCAACGUGGCGCAGGUCGUGAAGGAAGGAUGGGGUCUUUCGGUAAGCUUCGAUGAGCUGACGGAACCAUUGCUAACUGGCGCUGUGAAGGAGGUACUACGUGAUCCAAAGUACCGUGAGCAUAUUCAGGGACGUUCUAUCCUGUAUAAAGAUCGUCCAAUAGGAGCACUCGAAACCGGUGUCUAUUGGGUCGAAUACGUCAUUCGACACCAUGGUGCACCGCAUCUACAUUAUCAAGGUGCGGAUCUAAACCUGUUCCAGCUAGCAUUGUUGGAUGUGUUUGCGUUUCUGUUUGUAGUGCUUUAUAUCGUCUACAAGCUUGUAGCAAUUGCAGGACGAAAAGUGAAAAAUGCUUUGUUUGGUGGUGCGAAAUCAGCUCAAAAGACGACGAAAAAACAGAAGAAGACUUAG